UACCGUCUCUUCACAUGAUCUCUUGCCUUGAGCGGCCUCCGAGUGCUGGGCUCGCCAAAGAGUCGUGUUUUCUUAUAUAAGGUUCUUGACAUUUUAACAGAGAUGGCGUCCGUAGCGGGUGUGGUGCUGCGCCGGUGCGUCCAGCUGCCGGCGGCGGCCCGCCUCAGCACCUCGGCCCGCGCGCUGGGCGGCCCCGGCCUGCCCACCGUGGUGGAGCGCCACGGCAGCCGCGAGGUGCUCGGCUACGGCUUCAACGGCGAGCCCAACUACAUGGACCGCGUCGACUUCCCGAUCCCGGCCGUCCGCUUCAAGGAGGACACGGCCGGCAUCAAGGUGCUGCGUGAAAAGGAGAAGGGCGACUGGAAGAAGCUGACGCCCGAGGAGGUGCAGGAGCUGUACCGCGCCACCUUCUGUAAGUCGUUCGCCGAGAUCCAGGCUCCCACCGGCGAGUGGAAGCUCGUGCUGGGUGGCACGCUCGUCGCCUGCUCCAUCGCCGUGUGGAUCUACCUCUGGAUGAAGGUGUUCGUGUACGACCAGCUGCCGGACACCAUCACCAACCCGUCCAAGAUGGAGGCGCAGGUGCAGCGCAUGAUCGACCUGCGCAUGAACCCGGUGGAAGGCAUCGGCUCCAAGUGGGACUACGAGAAGGGCCAAUGGAAGAAUUAACCGGACCACGCUCGGCGGAGCACCUAGCUAAUGCCCUGUGUGGCGCCGCCUGGCGGCGGCAGUGUGUGUGGGAGCUGGGCUCGCUGGCUCAGGCGAUCGUGGCGUGAAGCGGGUACCAGUAACUCGAAUAAAUCCUACCUGAAUCAG